CUUGUCGCCUUUCACGUAUUUUAUCCUUCUGAAAUAAUUUACCUGUGCAAUUUCAGUUCUUUGUUUUUUAGCCGGCGCUGGAUUGUUUUUUUCAGUUUUACAUAAAAAUUAAAGCACAAUGACGAGCAGGGGUCGCAACUACCAAAACACCGAGUGGGAUUCGACGCGGGACGACUACAGUAGUUCCGUGUAUGACAACCAAUAUCAAGACGACAGCGUUAGCGCUGAUGUGAACCUGGACCACUGUCGGCUUUACAUCAAGAACGUGCCCAAGGGUUUGAAUGAGGAGGGUCUCCGAGCAGCUUUCGCCAAGUUCGGGACUCUACUCGAGGUGCAUCUCAGUAAAGACCCGCAAAAGAGCUACGGGCUUGUGAGAUUCGAGACGCCUGGAGAAGCUAAGUUGGCGAUGAUGAAGAUGAAUAGGACUGAGCCGUUGAAAUUGGCCAUCACCAUCGCUUACAAGUCCAAAAGCAAGCAGAACCAGAAUCAGAACCAAAACAGGGGGCAUCCAGAACGGUCGGAGAGGAACAAUAGGAGUGGGAGGGAGAGGAACGAUAGGAACGAUAGAAAUGACAGGAGCAGCGUCAGCAUGAGCAGGGAUAGAGAGGACAGCGGCAGUGUGCUCAGUCACGGGAAGAACUCACGAAUGGCUGACGAGGUUCCUAACGGAGACAACAAUAUGGAUGAUUUGUUGCUAGAAGAUGACUAUGGAUUCUCUGACAUCUUGGACCCGAAUCUCCAUCUGGAGUUGGAAAGCCUGAAGUUGGAACAGCUGAAGGUACGGGAAGAGCAAUUGCAAGUGAAACAAAGGGUUAUUCUAUUGAAACAGGCGGAGAGGCGACCUAUGGCGCAAAUGAGCAACCGGUGCAUCCUGCCUGAUGGAAAGAUCGUGGUCCGAAACAAUGCUGACAGCGUUAACACGCCUACCGUAAAACAAGUCAGGUUUCGGGAUUCCCGAGACGCAGACGUGAGCUUCAGCGCCGGUGCUGGCGACUCGUUUAAAAUGCCCGCACUACAACGCAUCGGCUUGCGGCAGUGCGUCGUCUGCGGCGCGGGCGCCGACUCCUUCUGUGCGGGGUGCGGUAUCACGCCGUAUUGCUCCGAGAGGUGCCAGCGACGUGAUUGGACCGAUCGUCAUAGCUCUGUGUGCCAUAAUCUUGCUAGAACGAAGAAUGAGCGAGCCAACCGCAAUGUUGCUGAGAGCGAUGAUCCACCUGUUGUGCAACCAGCGCAGCCGCUACGGCGUCCGCAUUUGAACAAUUCCAACGCUAGACGAGAGAUUCAGGACGGAGAUAAUUCUGGAUUCGUGCCUAAGACACUACCCAAGUCUCCUAUGGUUAACAACAACAACAGCGACUCCGCCAGUAGCAGCGGAGAUAGGCGCAGACUGCCACACAGAUUGAACCAGCCACGGGAAUUAAAUGCUAAUACAAAGUCUCCAAAUAAUCGUUUCCCCAACGCCAAACAGCCAGUUAACCAGGAGACUCCGGCAGUGAAGGAAUCUGUCCAGCAACCGAAGAUUCCAUCUGCUGUCACUGCUGCGAGGAAAGCUAAUGGACCCAAAAGCACCCAAGAAACUGCUUCAAAACCCGACGUAGCCAAGCGUGAAGUAUCCACACCUGAACAGCAAAACAAACCCGAAUCUCCCAAGCCUGAUAUAGCUGCGUCUGAACCGCAAAAAGCUCUUGCAAAAAAACCCAAUCAGAUGUUAAAACCGGCGAGUGUGAGCGAUGUAACGCCGACUAAGAAACUAGUGCCUAAAAAAACUCUCCUCGAUUCCCUAAAAGUGGGUGACACAGUACUUCUGACAGUGGAAUCUAAAGCGGCCGACGCUCGCUCUCCCCGCGGCGACUUCGUAUGCAUGCUGUUCUCUGAAACUUUCAACGCUGAGUACACGAAGCUCUGCGAAGAUUUCAUCCUAGAUUGCGAUAGAGAUGGGCAGAGUGUUACACCGACACCAGGCGAAACGAUUUCCUACUUCAAUCCCGAAGACAACGCGUGGUAUCGCGGUCGCUGUCUCACUCCGACCGUCCUCGCUCUACUGGACAGUGGCAAGAUAGUCACUAUCUCUGCCGCCGAUAAGUUACGGAAACUGCCGAACGCUUACGAAGAUAUUCCCGAGUUCUCUGCCGUGUUGACGGCUAAGGGAGUGAAGAUCGGAACAAACAUCAUGGCUACAAUCACAUCGCAAGUACCGAACGGGUUCAAAGUGAGCAUGAAGGACGUGGAAUGUAACGCCGCGCUCGGCGACGGAGAGCUGGCGCGUUGGCUGGCCAAUGUCGAAUAUGCUGCCGCCCCGACAACGGUAACAAUACCGACAGUACCUCGGCCGGACGUCACGCACAACACCAAAGUGUUCCUGGUACACGCCACGAGUCUGGACAAAGUGUUCGUGCGCCCGGCAGACACGGACUCGCAGCUCGUGUACAAUGAGAUAUUGCAGCGGGUGUUGCUUAGUGGGGACCAGUAUAAACUGCUAAAGGAGCCGCCCCAACGCGGUCAGCUCGUGAUCGCCAAGUUCACAGACGGCAACCACUACCGGGCGUUCGUCCAACGUACGAACGCGAAACUCAAUAAAUACAUGAUCGAGUAUGUCGAGUUUGGAAACGUGGAAGUGAACAAGCUGGAGACUCUGUACCAGUGUCCUGAAGACAUGGACCUGGAGAAUAUGCCGCCUCUAGUGUCGAUGGUGAAGUUAUCCACUGAAGCGCUGCAGCCCGCCGCUACGGACGCUAUCGAGCAGCUUAAAGACGAAGUCGAGUUGGUUUUGACCCUCAACGACAGAAAGCAGACGGCGCCCAGCGGUAGCCAGGUGACGCUGACACGGGCCGACACGCUGGUCAACGUGAACAACUUGCUGGUGGAGCUCUGCACUCCGGAGUGGAAGAAGAUAGAGAAGAAGGGGGAGGAUAUUAUUAACAAAGUGUUCCUAACAAUGGACGACUUAGAAAUAUCGAAGCUCCCGCCGCGCGGGUGUACGGUCACAGUACUAGAUACGAGCAUGUUGAACGGCGGCGUUGUAUGCGGGUACGAUAGCGCUUCGCCCUUCGCGCGACGGGUGCACGUCGAGUUGGCUGAGAAGAUGGCCGAAUACUGCGAGAGCGAAUUAGGCAAGGAGCCGUACUUGCCUAGAGCUGAAGAGCUAUGCAUCGCCAAAAUGCCACCAUACCCGCAAUGGUUCCGCGCGAUAUUCCUCUCGCUAACGGAGGGCCCGGGCAGCAGCGAGGCGAGCGUGUGCUACGUCGACUACGGUAAUGUCGCCGACGUGCCCGUCAACAUGAUUAGGAAGAUGAUACCGGACUUCGUGAAGGGAUACCCGACUUUAGGACUGCAUAUUAAUAUUAGGGGUUUCCCGGAACCGACAGACGAGGCUCUAAUGAAGGCUCUCGUUCACAUGAAAAUCGACGAGGAAGGCCGCGGCUCUCUCAAAGUGACCAACUGUAUCUACCGCGCCGACGACGGUACGUAUGAAGUAGACGCUCCUGAGUUACUCGCUGCUAUGUCUAAGUAGAUAUAUUAUCUGUGUAUAAACAUAUUUAUAGGAAUGACGUCAGUCAAUGUUCUCCCGAUGAUAAAAAUCAAUCAUUCAGAGAGCUUAGUACGAGAUUGUUUUACGUUUAAGUACCAUUCGGGGGAAAACUUUGCUAUUCUUUCAUUCUAUUCGUACAUAACUUCUGCCAAUUCUAUUAUGUGAUGGCUCCCAUGUAAUAUAGAGUGUGCUUAUUCUAUAUAUCUUUGAUUUUAGCCUUCUGAGCCCUAUACCCUUAGUACAAGUUUGCUUUACAUUUAACGAGACCGCAGGGACCGGCGCUCUGAUUGGUUGGUUCAUUGGAGCCGGCCAAUCAGAGCGCCGAACAUGGCUCUUUUCUAUUUCGUUAAAUGUAAAGCGAACUUAUACUAAGCUCUCUGAUUGGUUGGUUCUUUUAACCUGGCCAAUCAGAGCGCCGAACGUGGAUCUUUCCGUUUCGUAAAACGUGAAACAAACUCGUACUAAUAUCUCAGCUUUGAUUGUAAGAAGUAAUAAAACUUCGUUGCGUUUCUUCAACACUGUGUAGAUACACUAAAAUAUACAAAAUUGGUUUAAUUUUAAGACGCAAAGCACAUUACUCACGCCCUAAUACUAAAAUGCUACUCAAUUUUAAGUUGUACUUAAAUAUCGUGCUAUCUUUGUCAUUUUAUAAAGAAUCGAUAGGGACAGCACUAGUUUUGAGAGCGUCUUAAAAUUGAGUAGCGUUUGAGUAUUCGGAGAUUGUUCUAUAUUGUCUAAUGUAGAUUUUUCAAACCUAAAUUCUUAAUAAGUAGGGUUCAGAAUGUAUUAAAAGAGAUAUUGACAUGUACUGUGCUUUUAGUCUUUGUCUACGUACGUUACGUACGAUUUUUUUUUUACUUUUUGUAUAAAAAAAAUGUGUAAAGAAAAAAAUUACAAAAAAAAAGAUUGUUGUUAGUAAAUAAUUGAAAAAAAAACAAAAAAAAAGCAUUGUUAAGUAAUUUUUGUAACGAAAUUGUUAAAAAAAAAAUGUUUAUUUUUCAAUCAUUGGUUUUAAAUUAGAUUCCUCACUCGGACAAAGAAUUAUUGGCUAAUUUUAUUUUUCAAAAUUGUUAAAAAAGAAACACGGCAUUUUGAUCUGAUAUAUAUGGCAAUAUACACGCUCCUAUAUAACUUUACCUGGUGGCAACUUGGUUGCGCAACUAAGUUGUCGGCGACCAUGUCAACACUCAUUUUAGUUCUGGUGUCUCUUUGUAUACACUACGGUUGCGAGAUUUAUCCUACGAUUAAUAAAUCAGUCCCUUAGUACGAGUUUCCAUUACGUUUAAAGUAAUCGAAACGUGAUUGGUUAGUUUAUUCGAGCCGGCCAAUCAGAGCACCGAACGCGCUCUUGUUUCGAUCACUUUAAACUUGUACUAAGGUUACAGAAAUGAAGUGAAAAGUUGACAUACUUAGUUAUUUUUAUAUUAAUAAUAAAAUCUAAUGGUUGCCUGUAUGUUGCCAUAGCCAGAAUAAAACAUAAAACCGUGUAUCUACAUAUUGUUUUUAACCGACUUCCCAAAAAAAGAGGAGGUUCUUUAAUAGGCUGUGUUUUGAAUGAACGAAUGGAAUAAUAUUAAACACGUAUUUUUUUGUUUAUCGAUAUUACUAUAAGUGUGGGAGAGCCUUGCUUCGGCAGUGCUGGGCCGGCUCCACCGCAGUGAUACCACGGCCUCAAAGAAAACCGACGUGAAAUAACGCUUGCGUUGUGUUUCGUUGUGUGAGUGAGGUUACCGGAAGGCCAAAUACCCCUCGGUAAUCGUCCGAUUGCAAAGGGGUACCCAAUCUUCCAAAUCCCCAACAAUUCUUAAAUUCCUAACCCCCAAAACCCUGGCAACGCACUUGUAGCGCCUCUGGUGUUUCAAGUAUCCAUGGGCGGUGCCAAUUGCUUAUACCUUAUAGCGGCUUAUACUAUAAAAAAAAACUUAAAGAAUUAAAAACCCAUACAGCUUUUGAUGUGUUUGCUAAAUACGUGUUCAAUAUUGUUUCAUUUAUCAUAACUUUUUGUAAUAAUGUCUAUUUUUUUCUAUAUAUUUAUAGACAUAAGCGCUUACAAAUGUAGUUAGAUGUGUGUGGCCUUACAUUUGCUUUUAUAUAGCUUACUAUAAUAUUAAUAUAACUGAUAACUGACGAAAAUUUUGUUUUUAGAGCUCAAUUUUACUAAGACACUAUUUGCCACAGUCGAGAGACAUUUAAUGAUUACUUAAACUAUUCCUUAGUAACGAUUUUCUUCUUUACAUUACUUACUUAUACUAACUUAUGCUAUUUGUUUAGUGUUGACUUGGUUGCGCAACUAGUUGUCGGCAACCAUAUCGUCGCUCGUAUUUGUUCUGGUCACGACACUGUUGCGCGAUUAGUCGUAUAACUAAAGUGUCUUAGUAGAAUAGUGCUUGCCAUUAUCGCAGGUUUUUAUAUUGACGAUUGAAAGGCUAACUAAACUCAUUUUUUGCGAUUUUGAGUAAUAUACAUACAUCAUUCGAUUGAGAAACAUUUGGUGGUUUCGAAUAUGUAUAGAUAAUUAAAUGUCGCUCAGAUCAGUUAGCCAUUCAACCGACUAUAUUACUUUACGUGCCGUAAUGUGCACCUCUGCCUACCCCUUCGGGGAUAAAAGGCGUGACGUUGCAUAUAUUUGACUUACCAUCAUCAAGGUUUUUAAAUAUGUUUCUUACGUUUUAUAACUUUGUAAUAGGAAUCCCUAUGUUUUUGCGACGCAUAUCACACAGAGUGAUUCGUAUUAAAAUUAAAUUAACGUUUUGUUUCAAUUGUGUUAUUUAUAAUACAAAAUCAUUGAAUGACAAGUCGGUAUUUAUAUAUCACUACUUACGUACUCGUUUUCUUUUUCUUAUAUCGUACUGCGUUUUAUAAAUUGACUAUCGACUCGCCCCAGCUUCGUAUGGGUGCAAUGGUGAUAUAUUAAGCACGUAUUAUACAUAUAAACCUUCUUCUUGAAUCACUCUGUCUAUUAAAAAAACCGCAUCAAAAUCCGUUGCGUAGUUUUAAAGAUUUAAGCGUACAAAGGGACAUAGGGACAGAGAAAGCGGCUUUGUUUUAUACUAUGUAGUGAUUUUCAUUAAAGUUUAAGAUUACGGAGACUAAUUUCUAAGGAAUUUGUUUCAAAAACGUCAAAUGUUUUUGGUUUUUUUUUUGACAUUACGACAAUAGUUAUGCUAUAUCGUUUUAAAUGUAAAUCAUCUUUGCGUAUCGUUCGUAUCGUGUUCAGUGGUAAUUUCCUUUACGCAUUUUGUAGAAAAAAUAAAGAAAACAAAAAAUAGCUAUUGAGAAUGUGAGGUGUGAUUUUUCAUGAUUAGGGUUGUCGUUUGUUUGAUAUUUGGAAAAGCGUAUGGUUAUGUGACGAAGUAAUUCUUUCUUUGACAUUAAAAAAGUAAAUUAGGAAAGGAAUUAAAGGAAAGUGUUUCACGAAGCCAUGUUGAAAGUUAUUGGUAAAAGGAACAGCGGGGUUUCUUUACGAAAAUAUAAGAAAAAAAAUACAUACAAAUGAUUUUUAUGUUAUCGGCUUACUCACGUAACUGUUUGACGAGGAACUCAUAAAUUAUAUUUAUUUUUGCAAAUAGGUUACAAUGUAAUUCUUUUACACGUCAAUCUCUUAAAUAACUAGAUGAGGCCGGCAUUUCCUAUCGGACUGCUCUGAGAAGAAAUGCCGAAACAAACUCAGAGGUCAUAGUCUCUUUUAAAGUCCAGGCAAAAUCAAUUAAAGAUGUAGGAGAACAUCAUUCGACUAGUUGAGUAAGCCGAUAACAUAAUAAUUAAUAAAAAAUAAAUAAAUUGAGUGCGGAAGAAUGUUACAUGACAUUGUUUUGUCUUUUCUUAACGUUUUUAUAAAAGCGUAUCAUUGAUACAUUACUCAAAAAAUCGAGAAAUUAUUCACGAAACCGUUUCUAAAAUGGUUGUUGACAUUAUAUUAAUAGAAAGACAAACUUUAAGAAACUGUCCAGACUCUUGAGAAAUCAAAUAAAGUAUUAUGUUUUCAGUAUCUAAGUUCUCUGACAAAAUCAUUAAAUAAAUAUAUACAUUUGUCCAUGAUUUUGAUCGUAAACAGGUCAAUCUACUUUACUAACUUAAACCAAACCAAAGGUUGCGAACUUAACGGCCUAAUCUUUCAAAGGUUGCGAAUUUUUGAACUAUAUAUAGUUUUUAGUAGAACUAAAAACUUAUUCUCUUUAAUAGAACCGAUUUCAAUAUAUUUGUUAACGGACUUAACUUUUCAAAGGUUGUAAAUUUUCUACAUUUUAUCUAGUUUUUGUAAAACUAAAAACUUUAUUCUCUUUAAUGGAACCGAUUUCAAUAUAUUCGGCCUAGUACACACGUACGGAGGCGUCGUUAAGAUACUGAGAAUAAUCUAUAAUAUAAAAAUAAGUCGUGUUUUCGUUCCUGACGCUAUAACUCCAGAACGCACGACCCGAUAUCCACGGUUUUGCAUUCGUUUCUAUAGAACGUAUCAUUGAGAUAUUGCUCACAAAAUUGAGAAAUGAUUCACGAAACCGUUUUUAAAAUGGUUGUUAACGUUUUAUUAUAAAAAGACAAACUUUAAGAAACUUAUCGGCGAAAAAUCAUUGUAAGGAGUCUAAUUCCAUUUUCAAAGCUAUUUGAAACCGUCUUUUGAAAUCAAAUAAAGUAUACCAUUUCAUGCUCUGAAUUUUCUGACAAAAUCAUUUAAUAAAUAUAAUAUACAUUUGUCCAUGAUUUUGGUCGAUUACCGAUCAAUCUACUUAACUAACUAACUUUCUUUCUCUUCUUACAAAAGUUUGGGUCAGCAUUGAUUCUUAAUCAGAUUCUAUGUGUCAGUAUUCUGCCAACUUAUAUUUGAUUUCCAUAUAUUCUUUAAUAAAUAAUUAAGAAGUGGAGUUGAUAUUUCACUUUGGUCUUUAAGUCUUGAACAAAUGGAUUGCUUAUAGGCUAACUCGCUUACAACUAGUUCUAGGCGACGUUAAUUAUAAAACACUAGCUACUUUCGCGCAGUUUCACCCGUUCUGCUCGGCCCCUUGCGAUCGUAGCGUGAUGUUUUAUAGCCUAUAACCUACCUUGAUAACUGGACUAUCUAACACAUAAAUAAUUGUCUGAAUCGGACCAGUAAUUCAUGAGAUUAACGUGUUCAAAUAUGAACAAACUUUGCAGUUUUAUAUAAAAAUCAUAAAACAUUUCUUAUCUUUACAGUGGCAUUACGUGCCAUAAUGUGCACCUCUGCCUACCCCUUCGGGGAUUAAAGGCGUGUAUUUCUUGUCUACGAAUUAGCUGUUUACUCGUCGAUAUUUAAUAAAAAAUACCUAGGUAUGUUCGUCGAUCGUUCUCAAAAUGAGGUCGUUAAUGUCACUUAGACAAUAACCAUUUUGUCUGAUAGCUCUUGGAGCUAUGUGCUUAGUCUGAAUUACAUAUUCCAAUACAGAAGUAACAAGAAAUUUGUCACUGAAAAAUUCAACGUGCUAAUUCAGUUUCUGGGUUUUACUAAAAACCACCCCGUUCCUACUCCUGCUUUUCGAGCCGGAGCCCCGGUAAACCCGCUAGAUCGGUAGUUCCGGAUCAGGCAUCUGUCCUACUGGGCCCCAUAUGUGGUGCAGAUUCCGGGUUACAUUGUCAAGUGUGCCCGUUAUUUUGAAAUUUCUGGACACUUCGCUAAGUGUGAUUCCAUGUUUUCUUAAAGCCAUUGUCUUGGAUUUUGGAGAUUUGAAUGUUUAUAUGGCGUGUCUAUCUUAAUAUUGAAUAGGUACGCGUUUCGAUAGCGCGGUUGAAGCGUGCGCGAUCUGAUUUGUUCGGGGUAGUAGUUGCGUUUUAUAGUCACGCGCUUGAACAGCGCUGUUGAGUAAACGCGCGCUGUUGUAUACAGAAGCGAAACGCGCGAUACUAAUCUCGUUUUACAGCAAAACGCGCUCAACGGCGCGUCUAAUAGCGUAGAUAUAAAACCAGCCUAAGUCUUUUCUGGAGUAAAUCCAAGUUUUGAAUGUUUAACCUAUUGUAUGGCAGUAUAUAAGACACAAUAGAAAAUACAUUGUGUCUCGCUUGGAUCCAUGUUUUGAUAUGGCAUGUAUGGCAUCUCAAAGCCAUUGUCUAGAUAUUUUGCAGAUUGGAACGUUUAUAUGACAUGCGAGCGUCAGUUUUUCUCUCUUUCUAUAAUGAAGGGAGUUCUAAGGUUGAUUAAAAACAAGUUUAUUCUCGUUACAUAAUGAGAAAAUUUCUAUUUUGAGUCACAGAAUGACUCUUUUUUCAUGAGCAGUGUAAAUGGAGGCGCCGAAAUCGCGCAGUCUACCUUUUCUGAACCGCGAGUUCUAAGAUUUUCAAAGAAUAUUAUUACCUUUUUAUAAUCCACGAGUCACAGAAUGACUCUUUUUUGAUGAGCAGCGGACGCGGUGACGUUGUUCAGUCUACCUUUUCUGAACCUCAAGUUAUAAGAUUUUCAAAGAAUGGUUACCAUUCUAUAGUCCAUUUUGGAUAGUGUGGUGUGUUACACAGUGUCUCGCGUGUUCAUGUUUCGGCACACGACGGGUUGAUGUAUGACAAGUGAGUUCUAAUAGUAUGUCCCUUUAUUUUCGGAAAUUAAGGGGAUUUAUCAGGUUUUUCUAAAACGUUUCCAAUUUGCUGGUGUCUAUCUUAAUAUUGAUAAAUCUUGGCUGAUAUCUAAGUCAGAUAUAUACUUCUUAUUACAAUUGAAUACGUCAGUUUCUGAGCCAUGACCAUUUGUCAUGAUUUCCAUGUUUCUUAAACUAUGAAACAAUGAAUUUAUUUUUGCAAAUAAGAGCUACAAAACAGCUUUAUGCCACGUCAAUAUUAUUUUUUAAACAGUUCUAGUUGAGGUUGGUGUUUUCUAACGGAUUACUCUGAGAAGAAAUACCGAAGUCAUAGGAUGUUAGGAGAUAGCAAUUGGUUGGUUCAUGUUAUAAGAGGAUUGUGAUAAUAGUUGUUCAUAUUAUGAGGGGAUCUUUCCAUGAUUCCCAUUCUUGGUAAGAUGUUUGACGGUCCUUGUAUGGUCUCUGAAACGGUUUUAGGAUGUUGCUGUCUAUUUCUCGGUGUCUGGUCGCAGUUUUAGGGCAGAUCCAGGUUCAUAUAGGAUACCUGUCUUGUAUUUUGAUAACUCGCUUUGAAGCGAGAGUACGUUUUUACGUAGUCUUAUUUCGUAUAAGUCUGAUUCAAGUAUUUAUUUCCAUUUAACCAUAUGCGCGAGAGCGCAUUCCUUUUCACAAGGCGUCCAACGCACCUGUGACUAGGGUUGUCAGAUCGAUUCUUCCCAUUAUCGGGAUCAAUAACAGAUAUUUCGGGUUUUUUUUUUAAAUAAUCGUCAUAAUUUAAACGAAUAUUUUUUCUGCCUUUCUUAUAUCCAUGCUCAUUUCGGUUCCUUUCUUUUGAGCAUAAAUUAUUAAGUAUACUAAAGACGCGUUCGCAGUAACCGUUACUUACUUGAAUUGAAAAUAUAAAACAUACAAUAUUGGUAAUUUUUUGAACCUCGUGUUUGCAAGUUUUGUUUGACGAAAAUGUGAACUUAAAUUUUAUUAUAGAACUUGUUUUUCGGGAGAUAUUAAAUAUUUGCUUUGUCGGGAGUCGGUAGGACAUACAAUAAUUCUGGAGAAUUCGGCACUUUCCCGACCUUCUGGCAACUCUACCUGUCACUCCUCUCGCUUACCAUCAGGCGAACCAUCCACUCGUUUGCCCCUUAUUCCAUAAAAAAAAAAUGCAGGCUAUUUUGAUUUCAAUAAUUAGAAUAGUUCGUCUAUUGGUCUUUCUUUUUUUUAAUUCAAUUUUUAAUUUGUGACUUAUUGCAUUGUUCUGACUACUUAGUACUAGUUUGUUUUAUGUUCAACUAAAACGAAACGUGAGUACAUUCGGCCCUUUAAUUGGUUAGUUCAUUUGUGCCGGCCAAUCAGAACGCUGAACGGGAUUUCAUGACUUUUUCAUUGAACGUAAAGCAAACUUGUAUUAAGAGUACUGUCCAAUACAAUUGGUCACGUUAUUUGCUAGUAAAUGCCUAUUCACAUGCUCCGGUUUCCGAAAAUCCGGUGCUAGGUAUCCGGCGGCGAAAUUUUCGCGAGUUUUCAAAUUCAAACUCAAAAUAUUUAUUUGCAUGUUAAGGUAUUACUCAGGUCUUAAUUUAAAUGUUAUGUACAGCUUAACGACCUUUUUCAGGCGUUGCAAAGAGGGCAUUUUUACACAUUUUAACGUAUAGUCACCGUCGGAGACUCGGCACCGGGUAACCGGCAACCGGGGCGUGUGAACAGGCAUUUGAAGUAAUUAAGUCAUAGAAAGGUGGAUAAUCGUCAACUAACUCAACAGCAAACGCUGUUGAGUUAUAAUAUACCCGCGAGUUCGUCCGCGUGGAAUAGUAACUUUGGAUAGAUUUUCUGUCUUGAUUAACUUGACUCGUUAAUCGCCGCGUAGGUCUUACUUUGACCCGUGUUUGCGGAUAAUUAUUCAAAUAAUUACUCUGCCUCCAAGACCAGUGUCUUAUGUAUUACAGAUUAAGAUCUGUAUUCCUUUUUUCUCAAUCUCUUUUUAGAGUUGGCACUGCUUAACAAGACUUCGCUGAAUGCCAGUAUGUUUUAUUGUUGGUUGACGUAAAGUUUUCUUUUCCCAAUUAACGAGUCCGUGGCAAUCCAUUUUUGGAUUAAUGGGUCUCCGUAAUUUAAGAUAGUUUGCCAUGAUUUCUACGAUUGGUGGUCACAGUUUCAAAUGUUCAGUUUUAUUAAAGAGUUGGCUGUUACUGGUCUCUGUUAAAUGUGUAUUCCCUUAGUUGGAUUCCGCGUUAAGAGGGUUGAAAUAUAAAUGUUUAAAUUCUUUUGUAUAUAAGAUACAAUAGAAAAUUUCACGAAAAUUCAUUUCACGAGGGGUAAUCUCAUACGCGUAAUAACUUUAUUUAGUUUUAGUUCUUUUGUGAUUCAUAACCAACUAGAUUAAAUAGCCAACUAGCUUAAAUAGCCAACUAGCUUAAAUAGCCAAUUAGCCAAGCCUUUAACUAAAGUAACGUUUUUGCUAACAUUUCAUUUAUUUAUUAUCCUACUUACAUCUAUCAUUAUAGUUUAAAUCUAAUGCGAUAGAGAAGCUACUUGCCAUUAAACAUAAAAUCAGUUGGUAGUAGUUCAGUAGUUUUAUUACAACUUUCGUGAGACAUACUAAAUUAAUUAUUAUGUUAUCGGCUUACUCACGUAACUGUUUGACGAGGAACUCGACUAGUUUCAAGCCAUGCUAGGGGCUCAUAUUCAUUCACGCACAGUAGCAGCGCAAAAAUUAAACAAACGUUUUUGCUAACAUUUCUUAGUUUUAUUAAGCUUAUAAGCCCGCGAUCAUAAAAAUCUCAUUACGGGAAAUCACGUAUCAUUUAAGACAGCUCCCUACAUAGCGAAUUUUCUAAUCUCUACAGUUAGUAGUUUCAAGCUAUGCGUUUGUCGGUCAAUCAUUCAAAUAUAGCUUUGCAAAUUGACUUGCUUUCCUUUAAAAUGUGUCUUAUAUUCAUGUUUUCAAGGCUUACAGUAAACUGCAGCCCUAGGCUAUUUAAUUUUUGAUAUUUUCUUCAAAUAAAUUUUUGUCAACUAUGACUAAUUUACUUAUUAUGUUUUCGGCUUACUUAUGUAACUAUUUGACGAGGAACUCUACUAGUUUCGUGACGAAAAUUGCGCUGCUACUGUUGCGAGUCGCGCUAUGCAAAUAUGAGCCUCUAGCAUGGCUUGAAACUAGUUCGAGUACCUCAACAAAUACACUUAUGAGCAAAUAAAAGAAGCAAAUAGCGUUUUUUCUAUUUCAUUUCUUUAUAAAUAUUUUCUGUUACAAGUAUUUUAUUAGUUGCUAACGUAUGUCGUUUAAAAUGAGAGUAUUUUGUUGUAAAACGAAUAUUUUUAUUUUAAAGUUAUAAAGUGUUCUUUAAAAUGCCAUAGUGGCUCCGUUUCUUUCCAAGUUUAGUUACGUGAGUAAGCCGAAAAACAUAAUAAUUAAUUUAGUAUGUCUCGCGAAAGUUGUAAUAUAAUAUAAAUAAUUACUAAUUCAUUCUGUUUUUCUGUUCAGUAAAGUUCGUGUAAUGAAAAACAUCCAAUAUCUACUUUCCAGUCCUUUUUGCGAUUUUAACUGCAACUACGUAUUAGUGGUUUCAGAAGCGCGACGGAGAUACGAGAUUCCCAUCUUUAAAUCUACCUUGGUUAGCUUGACUUUACCUAUUAAUUAGUUUGUCCACAAUCUAAGAAGUUAUGUUCUUUGAUUAUUGUUAAGAUCUGAUUUUUGUAGUGUCUUGUUUAAGUUUCUGUUAAUUUAAUUGACGGAUAUUUCAUCAUUAUAAUUCGUUUAGAGUGUAGAAAAUGUCACUAUUUGCGUUUUUAGUGAAUUUGUCGUAAGACUCAAGUCGAAGCAUUUAUUUCAACUAAAUCAGAAACUAGGACUUUUGGAACGGAUUUUUUUAUAGUGUAACGAAGUUUUUUUUUAUGUUAAAGAAUUAAAAAGAGAAUGAGUAUCAUCUGAUUUGAUUAGGUUAUCAUUGAUAUCGAUAAAGCUAUCAUUAUUUUUGUUUCUUUUUUUCUAUUUCUAGUAUAAGUUGUAUUCUAUGUAUGUUUAAGUAUGCUACGAAAUAUCUUCUAUGAAAAUAUCUCGGCGAUUAAGUCCACACGAAGUUGUUGUAUUGUAGUUAUUUGUUGUAUAAGAUAUAAUAAAAGAUAUUACCCAAAAUUA